GAAGCGUUUAUCAUCUUCCUCUCUUGCCAGUCAGUCUGUUGACACUUGUACAGACGGGGAUAACAGCCAUGAGACGAGGGGCACUAGUAAUUUUGGCCUUACUGGGGGCGAGUUCAGCCCUAUCCCCAUCCACGUACCUGACUCCAGGGGACAAGGAACGGCUCAAGCUUGUUCUUGACCCUGCUUGGUCACUCUCCGACCUCGCCCAGGUUUUAUAUGCAUCAGCAGGCUACAAGCACUUAGGGCAAGAGAUUCCUAAUAUAGAGGGUGUGUGUAACUUUGUUAAGAGUUCAGCUGGUGAUGGUGCAACUGUGGAGACACUCUUCUUAGCAUCUUCAGCUGGUAAAGCACUUGGAUGUCCCAUAGCAGCUUCUUCUGCAUCAGUUCAGGCAGUAAAUGAGGCCAUUAGAGAAGGAGCCUCAUCUCAAGAGCUUUUCCAUGCUGUGACUGCUGCAGCAAAUCUUGGGUUAGAGUUGGACACUGCCAAGGUCCUUCGUGCUACUCAGAUGGCUCUGAAGAAAGAUGACAGUGUAUUAAGCCUUGGAUAUGCUUUUCAUGUUGGCGCACAACUCAAGGGAGAGGUUGGAAGUAUCUUUGAGAGGAUUGAAGAUGCCAUAGUACAAGCAGAUGAAGUUGAUGGGCGUAUGCUGCAGUUUGAAGGCGGCCUUUCAAUCACAGCUUUAGUUCUUAGUGGUGCGUACAAGUUGGCAGAAGCUUCAAGAAAAGCACCGCCCAUAAAGCCAGAUCAAGCUGUGAAGUUUGCAAAUUACCUCAUGUCUCGGAAGUCUGUCCAGUUGUCCAAAGGUGUAUAUUAUUUGCUGGAGGCAGUAUCUAUGUUUACAAAUAACAAGUUCCAUGUUCCAGUGGCAAUUACUUUAGCAAGCAAUGUUGCUGUAAGUGCUGAGGCUCCUCAAAUACAGGUGCGAGUGACAGAUCUCAAAGGUAGUAGUUUGGGACCCUUGAAGGUGACUGCUGAUUCUGCAACAAGAGUUUCUGAUGAAGUAGUCAUCAUAUCAAAAGAGCUUCUAGUGCCUCUCUCAGCAGUGGAUGGUGUUUACGAACUAGAUGUUAUGUCCAGAGGCCCUGACCGAGGAUUUUAUCGUUUGGUGGUGAGUGUAGAUGCUCAAGACUCUCGCCUUGUUGGCCACGCUGCUGCUCAGCUCACCUUUAAAGUUCUUACUGCCAUUGACAUCCAAGGAGUGGAGAUUGGAACUGCUGAUUCUGACCAGUCUACGGCACCAAUUCUUCAAAAGGUGAAUUAUCCUAAUACCCUCUCAGAUGUCCUGCUAGCUGAUCAACACCAGCGUGUGAUGCUGCGAUUUUUGGUGAGAGACACUGCAUCUGGGAGACCCACUGAAGUUCAUCAAGCAUUUGUGAAAAUUACUCAUAUCGAUUCAAAGCGCGAGAUUAUUUUUGUUGCAGAGACAGAUUCAAAUGACAUCUAUAAAUUUGAUAUUGAUGUGAGUAACAGCAUGAAAGAAUUUGGAGGAGUAAGUGGGGUGUACUCCAUAGAGCUGAUUAUUGGUGAUGCAUCCAUCAGUAACCCCACCCUCUGGCACAUUGCUGACUUGGCACUCACUUUCCCUGAAUCUACUGUUGUUUCAUCACCUCAAGAUUACACAUACAAGGUUCGUCCAGAAAUCAACCAUGUGUUCCGUAGUCCUGAUCCAAGGCCGUCAUCUGUCAUGUCUACAACCUUUACUGUCUUGUGUAUCUUGCCCUUGCUGCUACUUCUACUUAUAUGGGUGAAGCUGGGUGUCAACAUCUCCAACUUCCCAUUAACUCCUACAGCUAUUCUGUUCCAUAUUGGCCUUGCAGGAAUUCUGGGACUGUUUUGUCUUUUCUGGGUGCAGCUGGAUAUGUUCUCUACUUUGCGUUAUUUACUCAUGGUUGGCAUAGUAACAUUCUUCUGUGGCAAUUCCAUGCUCUCCAAUAUAGCAACCAAAAGGAAAGAGCAGGAGGUCAAGAUGGUGUAUGGGCCCUACUACAAUAAAUCUUACAGGUUUUCCCAGCCACAACAGAAUUAACUUGGAGUAAGGGGUUUGGUUUAAGGAAUGCCUGAACUAAUGAUACAUGGUGUCUUCAGUUCAUCCAUCCCAACUGCCCAAGUCCAGUCAUCAAUUUUACAUUUGUUCAAUGUACUUUGUGUUUGUUGUAAUAUAUACAUUGAGUAUUCUUGAAGGGGGUUUAUUGAUAUACUUGUUUGUUGAUAUAAAGAAAUGCAUUCCUUUUGAAGGAAAUUUUUUAUUUUGUUUACAAGGAUUUGAAAUUCAGACUUGGCAUAAAGUUAUUCAGUGAAGAGGUUACCUGGUGAACACCUGCUUGUUUGGUCACCUGGAUAAUGUGUGUAUAGUUCUUAGUGAAAUAAUGUUCAACAAAGGAUACAUGGUUCUAAACUUAUAUGGUGUGUGGAUGAACAAGCAAGAUAUCAGGUUUUAUUUCUAUGCUUGUCAGAGUUGACAGUUUCAUUCCACAAAUUUUUGAUGUUAUUUAGUGUGUACAUCAGUCAUGCUUGUUAUUAAAUUGUGUGGUGUGUUGUAGGAGAGCGAAGAGGUGAUAUAAAGUCUCAAUAUUU